UAAGUGGCAACACUGACAAAAACCAAAAGUCAAAACAAAUUUCCUGUUGCAACUGCCUAAAUGCCAAUACAUCUACAACAGAAUAGUGUUAUAUAGCAAUUCUAACAAAGUUUACGAUACACUAAUUAAAUAAAACAACACAAAGAUGAGUCGUAAAGAAGCUUUAUCAUCCUUCAUCCAACAAAUCCACGGCCGCCCGGUAGUAGUGAAGUUGAACAGCGGCGUUGAUUACAGAGGUGUCCUUGCCUGUCUCGACGGUUAUAUGAACAUAGCUUUAGAACAGACCGAAGAGUAUGUGAAUGGACAGCUCAAAAACAAAUAUGGUGAUGCUUUUAUAAGAGGCAACAAUGUUUUAUAUAUUAGCACGCAAAAGAGAAGAAUGUGACAUUAAGUUUGUAUUAAAUUAUUAAAUGUUCCGUUAUUGUUUAUUUGACUAAAGCCUAAUAAAAUACUUGGUAUAAGAAACUACUGUAACUAAAAUAAAUCAACAAAUCAAUUGGAACUGCCUGGUAAAAAACAUAUUAAAUAUAAAUAUUUGAAGACCAAGUCUAAUUUUUAUUCUGUACUGUGUAAAGUGUAGUUAUUAUGCAAAUCAUAUUUAAUUUCUUUUACGUUUUCUGUAACAUAGUUUUGAAACUUAUAAAAAUAUAAAGAUUAUUAUUAUUUCGCUGGCACAGAAUAGACAUGCACCUUUCCAUACACCUGUAAAAAAGGAGUUUGUAAUUAAUUUUUGAUGUAGAACUUAAUUUAUUUGCAUGGCAUAGUCAUCAGGCAAAUGUGAUUGAUCUGUAUUAAAAUACUUUAUAAAAUCAUAAACAAUAUUUGUUUAUUUGGUAGUAAUCAUCUAUGAGUAUGAAAUGGUAUAAAAAUCGAAUUCCUACAAAUCAUAGAAUGAAUGUUAAUUUUUGAUUUCACUUAAUUAUGAUUAUAUAAUAUUUAGUGCAUAAUUUAAAUUAAAAUUUGUAUAUAACUGUAUAUACAGUACUAAUGUUUAAUUAUCCAAAAUAACUAAAUAGCAUUGUUUGCAUCUGUUACUGAACACAUUAAAAAAAAACAAAAAUAUGAUGUAAUAAAAUUAUCCCUAAAAAGAUAAUUUUUUGCCAUAGUUACAUUGAUUCAUAAGUUUGGUUUUCUACUGUCUUUUAAUUAAUUCAUACAACAUGAUUGUUUUUACUAUAUCUUAUAGUCAUACAUAAAAUAAAUGUUUCCUAUGUACAUUUAGUAUUCAUUGAUGAACAUACUAUGUGUUAUCAAAAUGGAUUUACGAAAAUUUUACCUUUUAAUAGUUUUGACAUUUACAUAUAAGGAAAUAAAAUUGAUGACUGCA